UCGAAAUACUUCUUUUUUAUUUGUAAUAAAGGCAAUGAAAGUGACAAACUAAUUAUAUUCAGUUCGAAUCAUAGUAAUCAAAAAUAGAUAUCGCAAAAAUAUUCUGUUCACUUAAUCAAGAUGAAAUGAUUAUGCAACAAAUGUUAUUUUUAAAUCAACGUAAAAUGAAACAAUAUAGUAGUAUGAUAUAUUUUCAAUUCUUUCAAAUAAACAGAAAUUUAUAUGCUGUGUAUAUAAUGUUUAUACUUCAACAAUUGUAUUUAUUAAAUCAGUAUUAAUAAUUAAAUAUGAAUUAAUCCAUUAAAUGUAUAAAUGUUGUUUAACAAAAGCGACACAGUACGCCGUGCGGUAUGUUUAUAGAUACAUUAUUCAGAAAUGGAAAUAAAUUACGACGAGGAUGUAUCACAAAAUCCAUUUUUAGAAAAACUUAGGAAUUUUUACGAACCUACUUUACGAUUAGCCGCACACGAAGGUUGGAUUGUGUGCGUACCUCGUUGUGGUACCUUUACAAAGGAUAUUUUGUACAAAGAAGAUGUAGAAGAACAUAUUUUGAUACCAGAUUAUGACAUGUCUAAAACUUCAUUUCGUUCUUUAAGCAAUAAGAAUGUGAAGCUUUUAAAUAGAAUAUUAACUGUAAAUUAUGAAACACCAAACUCAUAUCCCUUACGUUUGCUUUUCGAAGAGACAUUUUAUAACGAAGAUUCAUGGAAAUAUCGAAUAUGGUGCAUAGAAUGUCCUAUAAAUUGUGAAACGCUAUCAUCACAUAAUCAUCUGACUAUCAUAACGAAUCAUCAAGAUGCUAUAAAUUUACUUUGGUCUGAACUUGAUGAAAAAGUCUAUACAGCUUUAGAACUGAAUUUAAAAGAAUUUCAAAAAAUAUAUUUAAAUAUAGAAAAACCAUCGUUAGAAACAUUGAAGAAUUCUGUCUUUCAAUUAUACUCAAAUUCCAUUGAAAUGAUACUGAAGGAUAAGAAAUUUAAUGAUACAAGUAUUACUUCCACAUAUCUCAUUCAAAAUAUUAAAAUUGCAGUUGAAACGUAUAUAUUACAUACAUUAAGAAAAAUUCUCCCAAAAUCAAUAUCUAAUUAUAUGGCUAAUGAUGAUGCUAAUUUGAAUAAAAUAAUAAGAAAUUUAACUGAUUUGAAAUUUGAUGAUUUAGGAAUACAUUUAGAUCUGUAUACUAAUAUUCACAGAGGAAAAUUAGAAUUAUCACAUAUAGUUUGUUACAUGACAGUCUUAGAAAAACUUGAAUGCCUCAGAAGAAGUAUUCGUUAUAUAUCUCAAGGAGUAUCUUCUAUUUCAUCAGAUGAUUUACUACCUAUACUAGUAUACCUUGUCAUAAAAACUAGUUUAUCAAAUUGGAUAGCACAAAUAACUUUCAUAAAACAUUUUCGUUUCUCAGCAAAUAGCAUUAAUGAAGCGGAUGAACUUGCUUAUCUAACAACAUCUUUAGAAGCAGCAGUAGAAUAUAUAAAAUCUGGUGCAUUAAUGGAAAAAAAUAGAAUGAAUCAUAUUUCUGAUUCAGAACAAAAACAUGAAAAAAAUGAAAGUGAUGAACGCACAUCUAUAGAUUAUUUAUUUAUAUGCAUAAUAAAAGAUGAUUUAUCAGAAGUGGAAAAUUUAUUAUCAUCUGACAUUAUCAACUUGUAUAAUCAAAUUCCUUUAUGUCACCCAUUGUGUACUUGUGAAUCUUGUGAAAUAUCUUUAGCUAAAAAUCGUCUUUUAAAUCGACCAACAAUAUCCUCAAAGAACGAACAUGGAUCUACAGCCCUUCAUAUAGCAAGCUUCUAUGGAAAAGUAAAUAUUGUGGAUUAUCUUUUGAAUCAUGGAGCUGACACAAACGUAACUGAUAAUGAUUCGUUCACACCUCUUCAUUGUGCGUUAAUGAAAGGCCAUCAAAAUAUUGUAUUACUACUUUUACAUGCAAAUGCAAAUCCUAUAAUAGUGGAUAAUUAUGGAAAUACAGCAUUACAUAUAGCUUCUGAUCGUGGACAUGAAGGUUGUGUGAAAGCUCUGCUUUACUUUGCAGAACAUACAAAUUUAUUGCUUAAUGUUAAUUCUUCUAAUAUUGAUGGUGAUACACCUCUGCAUCGUGCAUCUAAAUGGGGAUAUUUAGGUAUCAUAGAAGUUCUUCUAGAAUAUGGAGCAAAUUGCAAACUUAAAAAUAAAUGGGGUCAAACAUCUUUUGAUGUUGCACAAAGUGAACGAGUAACAAUAUUAUUGCAACAUAUCACGUCAAAUGUUGUAAUUCCUUGCACAGUAAAAGUUCAUAAUCCAUUACCAAUUUUACAAUUGUCUCCAAAAACUGAAAGUAAAUUAAAAUCCAAAUGUUCUCCUGACAUCCAUAUUACUAUACAAAUUAAUAAAUUAUUCGCUGCAAUUAGCGAGGGCGAUAUACACUUAGCAAAUUAUUAUCUUGGAUGGAGUAAUCAGAAUAAACAAAUGACAGUACCAUCAGAUCUUUGUCAUCCAUUAUGUUACUGUGAACGGUGUGCUCCAAUACAUGAAUAUUCGGAAAAAAGAAACAAAAUACCAACAAUCAUUUUUAAUUCUUAUAAUAAUAAUGGCGAUACAAUUUUGCAUGUAGCGUCUACCGUUGGAUCUUUAGAAAUAAUUCAAUUACUUUUAGAUGCAGGAGCAGACGUUAAUGUAACAACGAAAUUUGAAGGUCGCACUCCAUUACAUUUAGCUUGUUUAGCUAAUAAAAUACAAGCGGUAAAAAUAAUUUUAGAUUGUGCUGCAUGCAAUAUAAAUGCCAAAGAUUUGAAUGGGGAUACUCCUCUUCAUUUAGCAACUAGAAAUAUUGAUACAAAAAUCAUGGAAUUAUUAAUCCGAAGUGGUGCUAACGUGAACAUUCGUAAUUUACAAAAUGUAACGCCACGUUUAGAGCUCGAAAAACAAAUGUCUAAAGAAGUUGCAAAUAGAAUAUUAAAAUGUAAUUCUUUAGAAUAUCCAGGUCAUUAUUUUUCAGGAAUUGAUUGAUUGAUAAAUAAUGGAAGUACCGUCAUUAUGAAUUAAUCGAUUUAACUAAAGUGAUUAGAUGUCAUAUCUAUAAAUAUUAUUAGACAUUUUUUUUCUAUCAAUAUACCGUCUAUACAUUUUAUUUUUAUAUAUUUACAUUGUGUACAUAUUUUGAAAAUAUAAAUCGCGUAAAAAUGGUUAGUAAUAUCAUUUUAUUUUUAUUUUUAAAAAAUAAAAAUAAAUAUAUUACUUUACAAUUUUAUUAUUAUUUUGCCAACUCUGAGGAAUCAUAUUGUUUGCGCACCAUUAUUCUAAAGGUAUUACAUUCUAAAUUAUGUGUAGCAAGUGCCUUUUAACAUAAUAUUACUUGAAUUAAGUACUUGUAUAUUUAGCGUACUAUAUAUAAUUUAUUUGCAAAGUAAACGUUCCAUCACUGCAUUUCAUAACAUUUUAUUUGUACUUUUUCUUCGUUCGCCAAAGUUUAUGUUACAUGUAAAUUCAUAAUUUAAUUAUAUUAAUUUUGAUAAAAAUGUUAAAUUGUAUAAAUUAUUAAUAAUUAUUAAUAAUCAAGCUCGACUUGUUGAAACAAAUGCUUUUUUGUACUAUUUUUCUAUUUCUACAAAUAAUUAGUAAUUAUUUUCGUCAUGGUUUCAUAAAUUAACAUUAUUGUUAUAUAUAGAAUUAUUAUAAAACCGUUUUGGACAAAAGAUCACAGAGAUACUAAGGCAUUUUAAGGAUCAUUUUAAUGAUCAUUAAAGAUUUAGAAAUUCCAUUUAAAAUUGUAUAACUUUACGCUUUGGACCGUAAAUAAAGAUAAAUAAUUAAUAACAA